AUGGGAUCAGGAAGUAAUUGUGACAGCUGCGUCAUUGAGGCCAGCAGUACUGAAAUGCUGAGAAACUAUGGCAUGCCAAACGAGAGAGUCGCGAAGGAACUCAACUACACUAUGCGUCAAGGUACCACCGCCUGGAUUGUAAGCCAUCCAACUGUUGGAUUAUGA